AUGACCAUUGUACCUUCCCCAUUGAUUUCUGUACAUCCACAGGACCUCAAGUUCCAAUUCGAGUUGGAGAAACCGAGCUAUUGUGAUAUUAGAGUUACGAAUGACUCAGAGCAUCACGUUGCUUUCAAGGUGAAAACUACCUCGCCAAAGAAGUAUUUCGUUCGACCAAAUACGGGUGUCUUGCACCCAUUGGAUUCUUGUGUCAUAAGAGUAACAUUGCAAGCUCAAAGAGAAUACCCUCCUAACAUGCAAUGCAAAGACAAAUUUCUCCUGCAAAGCACGGUUGUACGUCCGGGUACUAACACGGACGAGCUUCCACAAGACACUUUCAAUAAGGAAGGUGGUAACACAUUGGAAGAGUACAAGCUAAGAGUGGUCUACAUGAUUCCUCAUUCAGCCUAUGCCAAUAUUGGAGAUGGUUUUAGCCAAAAUCUUGAUAUGGUUAGAGAUUUUCUCUUCUACUUUUAUAUAUAA